AUGUCCCAGAUCCUGGCGACACAAAGCCUUUGGAGUAGGGUGAACCUUGCGAGCACUAUGCUCAUACAACCUGAGAUCAGUGGCACUGCAAGUGUAGCGAAUGUUGCCUGCAAGCCCCUCGUUGCUUCUGCUGGCGACGUGGCUGUUAUACCCGGAUGGCACUUGCAAUCAGCACUCAAGGUGUCGAGCGACUUGCCCGCGUUAUCUUCUCCAGCAGCAGACAGCUCCUCAUGGUAUCGCGUUAGCUCUCAUGCUACUGUAAUGGCUGGUCUUCUGGAAAAUGGGGUUUAUAAUGAAACAACAUUGUUUUAUUCUGAAAAUAUGAAAUCUGUUCGUGACAUUUUAUUUGAAUCCCCUGACCAGCAACAAGGAUCAUAUAGUGGCCUCCAGUACAAUCUAACCGACCAUAUCAAAGAGGGCGAUAAUUGCAUCCUCAUCCGUGUAUUUCCAACUAACUACCUUCAUGACUUCGCCAUGGGAUUUGUAGACUGGAACCGUUUUCCAGCGGACAACGGCACAGGAGUUUGGCGAAAUGUGGAGCUGUCUCAGACCGGAUCGGUUUCCAUGUUUCCAUUUCGCAUACUGAGUGAUGUCGCAAAAUCCUCGACUGAGACUGUCAAUAUUACCUUUCGAACUGAAUUGUUCAAUCAUGAACCGAAAGCCCAUCGUGUCAAAGUGAACGGAACUGUCACACGGGAUGGCUCCACUCGAGCGUUGAUCAACAAUACAUUUGACUUGGGGUCAAAUGAGAGAAAGACAAUUUCAGUCGAAACCUCGAUCCAGAGCCCUGACAUAUGGUUGGCUGCCCGCCCCAGCGGGCAGCCAUUGUAUACAAUCCAGGCAGAUAUCAUCGUCGAGGAGGGUCAGGGAUUGGUAUCAGAUCGCUCCAAGAGUCAAAGUUUUGGGAUCCGGCAUGUAUCGUCAAAUUUGAAUGAUUACAAUGAUACUGAAUUCACCAUCAAUGGCGAACCGUUUCAAGUCAUCGGGGCCGGAUAUGGGCCGGUUAUCUUCAUGCAGUUUAAUGCGGACAGAGUCGGAAAACUCCUCGCCUACAUGCUUGACAUGGGAAUGAAUACCCUUCGAUUGGAAGCAAGGCAAGAGCAGCCGGAACUAUAUGAACUAGCAGACCGCAUGGGAGUCAUGAUCUUGGCAGGAUGGGAAUGUUGUGAUAAAUGGGAAGGCUGGGAAUACAACGAGGAUGCGGACGGAGUCAAAUGGAAUGAUUCGGAUUAUUCCAUUGCAAGAAAUUCAAUGUUGCAUGAGGCCGAGAUGAUGCAAGCCCAUCCUUCGAUGCUAGGUUUCUUGGUGGGCUCAGACUUUUGGCCCGAUGAUCGAGCUACAGAUGUAUACUUGGAUGCUCUUCAAGAUAUGGAUUGGCCCAAUCCAAUCCUUGCAUCAGCCAGCAUGCGCGAUUAUCCGGAAGCCUUAGGGCCUUCAGGAAUGAAAAUGAACGACUGGGUGCCACCGAAUUAUUGGUAUGGCGACAAAGAAGGAGCAGCUUUUGGAUUUUGGUCGGAAUUAGGCGCUGGAGUUGGGACCCCUGAGAUGUGCAGCUUGAAGAAAUUCAUGUCCGAUGAUGACCUGGAAACGCUGUGGACACAGCCUGAUGCAAAUUUGUAUCACAUGUCUCGUUAUGACUCUGAAUUCUACAACCGGUCUAUCUACAACAAGGCUAUUUCCUCUCGUUACGGCAAGCCAGUGAGUUUGGACGACUACGUGCUCAAAUGCCAGAUGGCGGACUAUGAAGCUACGCGGGCCCAAUACGAAGCGUACUCGACAAGGACGAAUGCCACCCGCCCUGCUACCGGUUUGAUCUACUGGAUGCUAAAUAGUGCUUGGCCAAAUCUACACUGGCAGUUGUUCGACUACUAUCUCAGUCCCAUGGCAGCCUACUUCGGCACCAAAGUCGGCGCACGCAUGGAGCACGUUGCUUACGACUACCAAAGUCAGAUUGUUUGGCUGAUCAACCAUUCGACCAAGAAUGAAGGAGAGCGACAGGUCGUGAUAGAUGUCAUUGACACCCUUGGAAGCAAACUAUUAGGCACCAAAGUCAACAUCAAUACGGCCCCUCAUUCUGCAAUGCAAGUGAGCUCAAUUGAUGUCAUCAAUCUAAUCCAGGAUAUUGCAUUCCUGCGCUUAGUACUUCGUGAUCCAAGAUCUGACCUGGACCUCAGUCGCCAUGUCUACUGGAUCUCUCAAACCACAGAUGUUUCAGACUGGUCACAAUCUAACUUCUUCACAACCCCAGUUAUCAUGUUCGCAAAUUAUACAAAGCUUCAGUCUCUAUCAGCAGUGAAAGUCAAGGCCUCGCUGUACCCAGCAAGGUCGAGGUUUGUAGAUGACUUGACUCAUGCAGAAGUGCCAGCAUUCUUCCUCCGGUUAAAUGCUAUACAUGCAUCUGAACAAGCAGAAAUAGUCUACUGGUCGGAUAACUACAUCACCCUUUGGCCAAAGGAAAAACUCUGCGUGACAGUUGAUUUCAAGGGAAAAUUGCAACACACUAGGGUUGAGAUAUCUGGUCAAAGUCUCGAAAAGGUGACACUGAACGGUGCGGAUUUGCAACAAUAG